GGCGGAGGCUGAGGCAGCAAGCCCCAUUAUAAAAAGCGACAGAGCUCGGGCAGCGAGGGAACAGCACUUGGCUCAGACACCGGCCCGGCCCCGCCUGGACCCCCGCCUGGACCCCCGGCCGUCUGUAGCCAUGGCUCCUCCACCCCUCUGGGGGCUGCUCCGCUUGGCCGCCCUCUGCCAUCUGACCGCGCUGCUGGCCGGACAGCACCUCGGUGUGAAGAAAUGCAACAUCACCUGCAACAGGAUGACCUCGGAGAUUCCUGUGGCCUUACUAGACCACUACCAUCGAAAUCAAGAAUCCUGCGGCAAGCCUGCCAUCAUCUUGAGGACGAUAAAGAACAGAACCUUCUGUGCUGAUCCAAAGGAGAUAUGGGUUCAGAAAGCCAUAGCACAUCUAGAACGCCAGACAGCUCUUCCAAUUCAAAAUGGCGGCACGUUCGAGAAGCAAAUUGGUGUGGGUGAGCCCAGGACCACCCCGGCCACCAGGGGAAUGGACAGGCCUGCGGUCACAGAGCCCAAAUCCACCCAGGAAAACAGUGGCCAGGAGGCACAGAGGGCCUCGGGGACUUCCUCAGAGCUGCCAACAGGAGUGGCUGAUUCCUGGGGGACCAGGUUCCCCUCCACUCCAAAGGCUCCGGAUGGAGGACCUCCAGCUGGGUCCCAGAAAACUGAGUUUUUCAACGCUGCUACCCUCACCACCGCAAUGUCCUGGCAGAGCUCUCCUGCCUACAAACCCGGGUCAGGCCUCUGGACAGAGGGAAAGGCCUCUGAGGCCCUCCCCACCCAGGCCCCCUCCACCCAGGCCUCCCCCACCCAGGCCCCCUCCACCCAGGCCCCCUCCACCCAGACCCCCUCCACCCAGGCCCCCCCCACCCAGGCCCCCUCCACCCAGACCCUCGCUACCCGGGCCCCCCCUACCCACACCCCCACUAUUUCACACAGAGCCUCAGAGGACAGUGUUGGCCCUGAAGGCCAACCUGUGUGGAUCACAGGAGACAAUCCCAAGCCAGAGAACUCUCUAGGGCCUGAGGAGAUGGGUCCCAUCUCAGCUCACACGGAUACUUUCGGGGGGCCUGACGGCACGCCCCAUCUCUCCAUGGUCCCUGUCUCCUCUCAAAGCGUCCCCAGCAGGGAGCCAGUGGCCUCAGGCAGCUGGACGUCCAAGGCGGAGGAGCCCAUCCAUGCCACCGUGGACCCCCAGAGGCUGGGUGUCGUCAUCACCCCUGUCCCCGACUCACAGGCCGCUACCCGGCGGCAGGCGGUAGGGCUGUUGGCCUUCCUUGGCCUCCUCUUCUGCCUGGGGGUGGCCAUGUUUGCCUAUCAGAGCCUCCAGGGCUGCCCCCGCAAGCUAGCUGGGGACAUGGUGGAGGGGCUUCGCUACGUCCCCCGGAGCUGUGGCAGCAACUCCUAUGUCCUGGUGCCGGUGUGAGCGGGCCUCCUGCCUGCCUCCGGUUGUUCGACUCCGACAGCUGCCUGGGGUCCCCCGUCCUCACACCCACCCUCACCCAAGGGCCUGACCUGAGCUGGGGUGAUCAGAGCGAGGAGGCAGGAUCUUCCACACGCAACGGCUCCCGGCUCCCGGCUCCCGAGCACACGCCAGGAGGCCACACUUGACCACUGUUGACCCCUUGGGGACAGAAGUGGUGACCUCUGCAACUCACCCCAAUGUCCCCAAGUCAGGAAACUUCUGCUGCUGGCUGGUGAGAGGUUCCCUUUGACAGUCCCAGACCCGAUGAACAAUUAUUUAUUAGAAAAUGCCCAGCCCCUCUGAGUCACCUCCCCCUCUCAGAUGAGCCUCAGGCCAGGCCCCCUCUGUCCGCUCCCUCAGAUCUCAUUGUGUCUCUCGGUCCCGCUGCAGUUGCCAGUCACCCCGGCCACCUGCGGUGCUAUCUCCCCCAUCCCCUGUACAGAGCCCACACCCAGCCGGGGACCUGUCUUUUCUUGCAUGAGCCUAGUGUGGUGUUCCCUGGGACUGCUCCCGGGAAGGCUCUGCCCUCCGUUAGGCAUUGUGGGAAGGGGACAUGAAGUGACCCGGUGGCUUGGAUUAUUUUUCUCCUCCUCAGUGGAUGCCGUGCGUUGGCGGAACCUCGGCUGUGGGUGUGAAGGCUGGGGUUCUCGUCCCAGGUCCGCCACCAACCCAGCAGGACAUUCGUACCUCUGGUUUUCCGUCUAUGGAAGGAAAGAGAUGUGGCAAAUGUGUGACAAUAACCUGUACCCUGAUGGGCAUCACUCAUUGAUCCAGAGACCCCUUUUCCCAGACCAGGGGUGUAGCCUCACAACAGAAUACCUUAGCCGGGCUUCACCCAGCAGGGAGCCUGGCACAUUGGUGGGCCCUGUGCCUUUGGAGGGGGGUGGGGUGUGUGUGUGCAAGGAAGGGAUCUGAAAGCUCAGGUCCUGCUCCGUGGGAGGGAGUCAGCUCUGUGGGCCCCCUGAGUGGGGACUGGGGGGGUGCUUGAGGGGCACGCCGCUGCCUGGCUUGGGGAGCAGCCCUCCCAGUGUUCACCAGGCUCGCAGGGAUGUGGAGACAGCCUGUGGGACGGGCUGAGGAGGAGGGAAGGCCUGCAGGCUCCGGGGAAGGCUGAGGUGCUCAGGGAAAGGAACCUGGGGGGGCGGGGAGGCUGCUGGAAGCAGCUCCAUGCCCGACUCAGGGACUUGGGCCCCGCACGUUUGCUGUUUCUUUCCUGCAGCCUGGCUUCCCGCCACCGCCCCCCCCACCCCGUCUCUCGCUCCCUAAAAACACUGCUGUCCCCAUUCCAGGAUCUUCUCUCACCUCACUGCCCACCACAGGCGGGGCUAGGGAUUUCCAGGACAUUUUCCAUGAAACCAGAAUCCACCGUUGAAACCUGAGGUUUCGUGUUUACCUCUGAAAGAUACUCCAUCCUGCGGGGAGGGAAGUUGUGGGCACAAAGUCAGGGGUUCCCUUUUUGGCUGCUGGCCUCACCCCUCAGGGUCCCUGUUGGCAGCUCCCCACCUUCCUCAAAGGUCUCCGUAGGUGACCCUUGCCCUCCUCCACCUGGGGAGCCUCCCACGGACCAGGGUGGGUGACACUCCACUUGGCAGAUAGAUGCUCAGAGGAAGCAGACACAGCUCUGGUCCACAGAGAGGGGGCAGCCACCUGAGUCCACCUGAGUCCACCCAGCCCUCCUGCACCCCCUGCUAGGCAUGACCUGGGAUGUUGAGGCCUGGCUCUAGUGGGGGGCACUCUGACGGCUCAGAGGGUGGGCAGCUGGUCUGAAUGCACUUUUGGGGGCUCCUCGAGGCUGGUGGGAGAGCCUUCAAUGGGUGGGGCCCCCAGAAUGGGGCUCCCCUACUUUUGUGAGCAAUUAGCUGGGAGCAGCUAGUCCCCCUUCCACGGAUUUGAUUAGUUCCCCCAAGCAGGACAUGGACAAGGACAAUAUGGGGGGAACCUUGGAAGGAGUUGGUUGAUCCUUUUGCUUUUCCAACCCUAUCACCAAUGUCUGUGCCAUUUUGUAUUUUACUAAUAAAAUGGAAAAGUCUUGUGAAUCGAAUAACGUAGCUUUUUCUAGGGCAGGCUCAGCAACUGGAGCCUCAGGCGCAAUGAACAAGGGAAGGGCCAGGAAUCUCUGGGUCCAGCCUGCCUGGGGCAGAGUGACAGGAACUUUUACAGUCAGCAGGAGAAGCAGCACUGGGGAUAAGGGUGAGGAGGAUUGAGCCCCUGGCCUGGCUCUGUCCUGCCCAGCUGUGUGACACUGGGCAGGGCCUUUACCUCUCUGAGCCUGUAUAAAAUCAGAUGUGAGAUUUCUCCUAGUGGUUCCCAUCCCUGGCCGGAAUCAGAAUCCCUUAUGGAGCCACCCCACCCUUCCCUAUGACUACUAAACCACCAUCUCAGGGGCCAUGGUAUCACCAUUAGUGAUCUGAUGACCCCUGGGAGCAAAUUGGCCACCUUUUCCUCUUUGCUGCCUUGACUCACUGCUGGUCCAGAUAAAGAUCAAAAGCGAUUAUUUCUCAAGGGACUUGGGUGUUCAGAGAUAUGACCCAAACACAAACCUCCUGGUGGUCCCUAAGCCCUCCAGUGUCCCAGGGUGGCAUCCCAAGAGCGGCCAUGUACAGUUGUGCAGGUUGGGAACUGCGCCAGGUGUCACAGACCAAGUCCAGCCUCUUAUUACACAGCAUUUCAUGGAUCCGAAGGUGCGCAUUUUUUCCACAUUGUGAUAUCUUUGCGAUUGGGGUUUGUCUUACAAUCAAUGGCUUGUCAUAGUUUAAUCGACAGGUCUUGUUUUCUUGACUAGUUGUUUAUUAAAUAUCAGAAUGUCUCACAACCAAUGGCAUUUUAGGUUUGAUGUAUACACGGGGUUUUUAAAAAUCAGAGACAGCAUUUAAAAAUCAGGAAAUUACACACAUGAACCCACUCUUCCGUGACUGGGAAGGUCUGGUCCCACCAGGUAUGUGACCUGCAGUUGGACAGGGGCUGGGUGGGCCCCAAAGCAGCGGCUGCCUCUGGAGAUGGGGCGAGGCCAGGGUGAGACACCCUGCCCCCCACAUCCUCUAGCAUCCCCUCCACCCCUUCGUGCUCCUGGAGCCUGUGGCCACAUCAGGCCAUGCCAUUUAUGAUUGCCCUUCUCUCGUUUGUCUCAGAGCAAGGAUAUUUUUGUCCCAGCCCGAGUCUCCACCAAAAGCAGGACAAGGAAAAACAGAUCACAAUGGGCACAUGACUUCGCUUCUACCCUGCUGGCUUCCUCCUUCAUUUUACUACCUGCCAAACCCUGUAGACGCUUUCAGAAACGGUGG